AGGCUGCCGCUGCUUUGAGAGCACUUGUACGUGAAUUAGCAUUGCAGCUCGCAUUGGCACGUGUAGCAAACACACACACUUACCAAAAGCAUGACCUUGCAGCAGGCGCACCCAGCAAGAGUUUUCUGCUAUUAUUAUGGCGAGUGGUUUACUUGCAUACUCCUUCUGUCUUGUUUAAUAAGAUAACAGAGAAGUUUUUUUCCUCUCUUUCAUGUCUCUCUUCCCCCACCUUCAUCGCCCCGCGGCUCUGCUGCUUCUCCUGUGGCUGCUCACCACCUGCUUCUUUCCUUGGCGAGGUGCGCAAGCGGAGAUCAUCGAUCGUUUCCCUGACAUCAUCAACGCCUUCACCACCAACGCGGACGGCGCUGCCGUGCGAGCCAUCUACGACGCGUCGCAGCUGACGUGGCACAACACCUCCGACAGCGCUCUCACUCCCUUCCAGAGCAGCAGCUAUGUACUCUGUCAGUCCACUCCACCCGCUACCGUUGCGGCGGACACGAGCGCCACGGACAUCAUCGCUGCGUGGUGCAAUACUCAGCAGAGCGGCCAGCUGAUUUUGCAAGCAGUGUCAUGGAGCACCCUCGCUGCGCCGGGUCUGCAGCUGCUGGACACGUCGCACACCACGUUCCGAGCACGCGCGUGGGACUGCAUCACCUACGGCUGUGACGUGGAAAGCACCAUCCGUACAACCACCACCGACGCUGCGACGGCGCCGGCUGCCGUUGGUGGGCUGAGUGUCGGAGCGCCGUGCUGUGGCUCGACCAACAGCACCUUUGUGCUGUACAACACACGUGGCCUGGUGGUGCAGGCGGAUCUGCUGCCCGUCACGGCGCUGAACAACGAGGCGCUGCAGCUGGCGACGGCGUACGCCGCAUCUGGAUCCUCAUCAUCCUCGGCCUUUUCUGCCUCUCUCGCCACCAUGAACCUUACUGAAGCGAUGGACUACUGUCUAGUCCGUCAGCUCCCGCCAUGGUUUAGCGGAAACGACGUGGAGGGCCCGGGCGACGGUGGCGUUGUCUUCCCAGUGGACGUCGCAAUUUGUGGGGAAGACGUGAGUGAUCGCAUCGAUACUCGCCACGCCUCCCUCGCCCUGACGGGCUACACGCUUCUACUUGUCACCGCGGACGGCGUCGACGAACUCUCCUUUCCCCGGGAACUAAUCGAGAGCGUCGUUUCGUGGAUCGCCCGCCGCUCCGGCACCGCCUUCGGCUCUUACAGCUCCGACGACAGCCUCGGGAGGAGUGGGAGUGUGUGUGCGUGGCACCACAGCACCGCGUACGCCUCUGCCUACCGCACCGGGGCGUACUACGACUGCACCUUGUCAGACCCUACGCUGCUGCAGCACCUGCCGCCGCUUCUCCUAUCCGUGCGUAAUGAGUCGAUUGUGGACACGGCGGAGACGAACAGCGCCUGCACCAUGGCGAUCGACCUGACCGCCUGUGCAGUGUCCAACGGCAAGGUGCUGCGCUUCUUCUCGAGUGGCUCCUUGUUGCAGGCGUUAAAGGCGCAGCAGGAUGCGAUGACGGUGUUCAGCGAUCCGCCUAUUGUGGUCGGUGUGCAGCACCUGCGGGGGGCAACGGUGGCUGUCACGCGCAACGCUUAUGUCGCCAACUGGAUCAGCUCCGACUACAACCUCGCGACCGGGCUUCCGCUGCUGUACCUCGCCACGCCACGAGGGACAGCGCUGGCGCAGUACACUUCCGCGACCUCGUGGUACGCGUGUGUGCGGCCGCAGGUGUGCGCGAAGCGGCAGCUUUUUUACCCCUCCCUCAAUCGAUGUGCCACGAAGGAGUGCCUGAACGUGUUCCUCUACCACUUCGACCCGAGGACGUUUGAGUGCUCGGUGCAGGUGAGUCUCGUGAGCUGGUUUGCGGCGAUGUGUCUUGCGGUGCUCGUCGCGGAGGCCACGGUGCUGUACCUGCGGCGCUCGACGGAGGAGGCCAAGGAGGAGCACAUGCGACUCGUGCAUGCGGUGCAACGAAGAGAAGCAGGGGUGCAGUAA